AUGUCGACUACUCCAGCGGCAGCCUCGUCGUCGGCGCAGCAGAUGCCUAGAAAGGCACCGCCGCAGCGGCCCCUGACGACGGCUGCGCCGGAAGCUGGCGUCCACGUCGCAGUCCGAGAGCUUCGCAACGUCCUUCGGAAGGGACGCGACGGUGGAUUCGGCGCAUGGGCGGAACUGGCGGCGAGCCUGGACAUGGAGGACCGGACCUCACUCGCCGAGCUCCUCGCUGUGAUGGCCGUAUUUCCACCGACUUCCCCACCCACCGACGAGGAACGCCGGUCUACAUGGGGAGGCUGGGACGCCGGUGACUGUGAAGGCAGCUCCAAGACCGCCGCCGACCACCUCUGCCACGCCGGGACAUGGAUCUAUGACGCCCAGCUCGACGGGUCCCAGGACAUCGCCGAUGGCAUCAACCACGCCGCCUCCACCGACGGGUCCCGGGAGCUCAUCGGCGGCGACUAUCCUGCAGCAGAGCGUCGGGGCGCCGCCCACGGCCCGCCGCAGCCCACAGCGGCAAGGGACGACGACCAGGUGUCGGGCACGGUCUUCCUCGACGCCCCUACAUCGUCGGCUACCAGGACUGCGGCGGCCUUCUUGGACCCGACGGAAGCGAGGGAGCCUGAGACCACGGCGUCGCCGACCAUAACGGGGUUCCCGGGUCUCGCCGCAAUGGAAGCCCAGUCGGCGAUGCCUUCUGGCACGGCCACGCCGGCAUAUUACAUCGACGCGGCUGGUCAUCGGGUGAGGGCCCCGCCAGAGGGGGCACGACGUCCUGUCGACGCCACUGGCAUCCAGACGCCGGCUUCGACUGUCGGCGGGGGGGGCGCCGAGGAAGUCAUCAACAUCGCCGCGUCACUGCUUCGGCAGGUGGGCCCCCGACAGGAUGACGACGCCCACUCGACGGCCGGGAGCCAGACUUCGGCAGCCAGGGGGCGGUCGACGCAACGAGGAGGGCGGCCGACCAUGGACCCGCCGCCGCCUCCCCCAGUGGUCGACGCACCGCCAUCCAGGUCCAGCUUCCCGCCGCUCUCGGCGGCUUCUACGCCAUGGCAGUCCACACCGCCGAGUCCGAGGGCAUCCACAACGAGAGCGCCGACCCCCCCGGCGGUGGCGGCAGAGCGCCCGGAUUGGAUGUUCCCGCCGGGCGCAAGGCCAGCAGACGACCCCGCCGGCUCCUCCAUGGACGCCGGGCCUUCGACCACCACCAGGACGACGACACCGACGGGGGCACGCUCAAGGUCCAAGACGGCGGCGGGGUUCCGCGAGCACCUGAGCGACGAAAGGAUCCGCCAAAUCGAGAUCAACAUGACCGACGACUAUCGGCAGCACAAGCGGGCUAUGCAUCGCCGGGGCGCUCGCGCCGUCGACGACCCGCCGAAGUCAGUCAAGCACUUGCUCAGGCGGACCCUGAACGACGUGAUCGCCGAGGAGAACCUGGACAAGCAGGGCAUCGACGGGCACAAGCCCAAGCCCCCGCCGACCUCGGCGCCCACCUACUGUGCAUACUGGUUCUGCUCGACGCUACCCGCCAACACACGCGGCGCCCGGAUCCCCUGGCAAAGCCAGGAGGCCGGCCGACGUGUGCUUGGUUGGUGCUCGCACCCUUGCACGUCGCCGCAAUGCCCUCAUUUUGAAGACCUUUACGACGUGGACUCGCCGGGCCUAGGCCGCUGCCUGCGUCCCGUCGUCGAGGGCAACGGCCGUGACCAUAUCGGUCACGAGACUGAGAUUUCACGACGCCAGCGGGUGCCCCUGUCACCCGGCUCCGGCCAUCGGGUCGGCACCGCUGAGGCAGUCGACGGCGGCGGGGGCAGGAUCAGAGCCCACCGCCGCCCUGUAUUACUUAUCUUCUUUUCGACGUUCUCGUCGUUGCCAGAGUUGCCUAAUCUCGGCGGUCACGCCGCACGGUGCCUUUUGGCGGAGCCCGACGCACCCGACAAAAAGAGUGCCGUGCACCUGUUGCCUCGUCCGUCGCGCCUGCCGACGCCGGUCAUGAACCAACAAGUCGCAUCGUCGGGACCCUCCGCGACUGUCGCCGACUUCUUUCGCGACGUCGCCUCGGCAGGCGGCUCGGCCUACAUUGCGACAUUGGCCAGGUUCGGCGCGAUCAACACGCCGGCAGUGAGGGACUCCUUCGCCGUCCUUUUGGAGAACGGCGUGCCAGAGGGCCUCCUGCUGCAGAUCCUGGCGCCGGUGCCGCCGACGCAGCCGGAACCAACGGCGGCCAGGCCACCCAGGCACGACGUGCCGAAUAGAAGGACCCUACCCCGGGCAUCUUUGACGGCGGCCUUGGAGGCUAUGGACCCCGGGCGACGCCAAGACACACUGGCAGCCAUCGACGCCAAUCUGCUGGCAUCGUCGACCCGCCGGGCCAUGGAGUCGCGAGUGAGGACGGUGAGCGCCCUGGCCGACAGAGGUCAGUUCCCCCUCUUCCCGCUCGACGCCAACAAGCUUCACACCAUCGCCGGGGCUAUGCGGAUCGCCGGCUACAGAUCGACCGGGCUGUACCUCGACGCUGUGGUAUGGCACCAGGAGAACACCCUCCACACGCCGGUCACACCUGGACUUCGACGUGUGGUCAAAACCCUGACCAAGGCAGCGGCGAGGGGCCUGCCAGGGUCCAGGCUCAAACAGGCAUUCGACCUCGACGAGCUCAGCAAGUUGGUCGACGACACGGCGCCAUUCGGGCCCUUCAACGCCGGCCUGGUGGCUCAUGCCGUCGAUGUUGUCAUCGUCGCUACUUGGUUUAUGCUGAGGGAGGUGGAGCUCGCGGCGGCCCGGGUCAGAGACCUCGGCGUGACCUUGUCGACGGUGCGUUUGCACUUCGACGGCCCACCCACUCUGCCCAAGAUGCGCCGCACACCGCCGGCCGACUUCCUGUUUCCGACUAGACCGACGGUGCAGAGAUCCAAGGCGGAGUCGGCAGAGAUGUUUCGGCUGGUGCUGGACGCCGCCGGCUUCGAGACGGUGUACCUCGACGAACAAGGCAAGCGCCGCUUGAUCUUCGGCGGCCACGCCGCCAGAGUGGCAGGUGCGACCUUCAUGGCGAUGAGGGGGGUCCCGGUCGCCGUGAUCCAGCUGCUCGGCCGAUGGGCCUCCACCGCCGUCGAACGGUAUGUCCAACAGGCACCCCUCGCCGUGGCAGCAGGCGUUCCAGCCCAGGCCUUGGCAGCGCCGAGUUCGUCGACAACAACGCCGGCCCAGCCCCUGGCGACACCGACGCCGCCGGCCCUCAUGGACUUGUUGCCGACGGGGAACUCAGCAGGGCACGCCGAUACGGCGGUGCCGGCCCCGCAGCAGAUGGUGCCCAACGUCGACUUCGCGGCUGAGGUGCCCGGCGUGGAGUUCGUGCCAGAACCCGCCAGGAUGCCGGUAGCCGACGCGAUCGGCGACUCGGCGCCCCGGUAUGUCAUGAACUGCCGCACCAAGAUGGUGCACACGCCGGGGGUCGACGAAGCGUCGACAGAAAGGUCGGAUUGGCAGGCCAAGUGCGGCUGGCCUUACGGCGUGCGACAGUUCUUUCGCCUGUCCGAGCUGCCGCCGGAUCCGGCCUUAUGCCGCAAGUGCUUCCCGACGGAAACCGUCGAUGUUGAGGCACCGGAGGCGAUCGACUCGUCGUCGAGCUCCUCGUCCUCCACUAGCGGAGCGACGUCGGACUCCGACUGA